GCUAGCUGCACUGGAUGACCCCGAGACUGCUGAUGACCUCCAAAAAAUAGAUCAUGCGAUUGCGAGAUUUGCCAGAGAUUUUUGAACGUUUAUUUAUCACAAGUUUACGAUGUUCGACAGACUUUUCAAAUAGUUGAUGGGCAGUAGCUUUUGCUGAAUUUAAAGGCACAUUUGGGAGAGGUAAAUAAUAAAUUGAACUUCGUACCUGGUUCACAAUCUUAUCUCAGUCAUCGUUGAUAUAGAUACAAAGUUUACAAAUUCCAGCACCACCGGGUUGAAGAACCAUCGGCAUAAGAGUGAUCAACUAAACAAAGAUACCAGCCAUGGCAUCAACGUCUACAAAAAGAAAACGCACAUUAGAAGAUGCAGAGAGUGGGACUUUGGAUGCAACGCCACACAAGGUCCACUGUAUGGGUCUUCUAGAACCAGCUAUUCUUGGAGGAUCAGUGGAAUCGGCCAGGGAGAAACAAAGGUGGCAAUUCUACCCACUCACUCUAGAGCAAGCAAAGAAGGGUGACCACGGCUCAAGACCGGUGCGGGUGUAUGCAGAUGGCAUCUUCGACCUUUUCCAUGCUGGUCAUGCGAGGGCGCUCAUGCAAGCUAAGAACUGUCUACCGAACGUAUAUCUCAUAGUUGGAAUUUGCAACGAUGAGUUGACAAGGAGGUUAAAAGGCAAUACAGUACUGAAUGAAUGGGAACGCUAUGAAGGCGUCAGACAUUGUCGUUAUGUUGACGAAAUCAUCUGUGACGCACCAUGGGUCAUUACUCCAGAAUACCUCGAUGAACACAAGAUUGAUUUUGUGGCACACGAUGACAUUCCGUACAACACCCCCGGUGUCCAGAUGAACGACGUCUACAAAGACAUCAAGGCGGCGGGGAAGUUUGUCCCGACGCAGCGAACCGAAGGUAUCUCGACGUCGGACAUCAUCGCCAGGCUGGUCCGCGAUUAUGACAUGUACGUCAGAAGAAACCUCUCGAGAGGUUACACGGCUAAGGAGAUGAAUGUUAGCUUCAUCAAGGAAACCAGCCUGAGUUUGCAGGACCGAGUUGACAAGGUCAAGAAGAAGGUCACCAGGGUGGAGACCAAGUCCAAAGAAUUCGUCCAAAAGGUGGAAGACAAAGGAAGGGAAUUAAUCCAGCGAUGGGAAGAGAAAUCCAGAGAGAUGAUCGGAAACUUCUUGGACAUGUUUGGAUCUGACGGACCAUUGAAAAAGAUUUUUGUGGACGGCACAGGUCGUCUGAGAAAUGCCAUUUCACCUCCGGCCAGUCCAAGCUCCGCCUCAUACCAAGACGACUACUCUUCAGGAGAUGAAUUAGGCGAGGAGGAAGAACAUCAAGAAGAAGAAGAAGAAGACAAAGACGAAGAAGAAAAUGAUGAUAACUAAGUAUACAACAGACCCUCUGAUUGGCUUUUCUUUUUAAAUAAAUUGCAGUGAUUGGUUGAUUCGUGGUGAUGAGCACACACAAAAAUGCAUCUUUUGAAUACGAAACCAUUGUUUUAUAACAGAUGUUCCGAUUGGUCCAUAUGGCAGAACGCAUCACGGUGAUUGGUUGGUCCGACUAUUUAACUUUUAAGUGCUACAGGGUGAGUGACACCCACUGAUGUUAAAAACAACUCUUCUGAUUGGCUGGUAUUUUUGAAUUGAUAACACAGUUAUAAUUUACUUCAAAUCUUCUGAGUACUAUUGAAAAUCAGGUUGUCAUAUUUCUCACAUUCCAAGAGAAGAAGAAAGAAUUAAUGUUUUGGUCUUUAAAGGGACUAUGUACUUUUUGUUUGCACAAAAAACACAAUGUCCACAGAAUUACAUUAAAUUUACAAAGUUU